UCUACCUACUACCUUCACCCACCUCAACUUGUUCAAAAUCCUUGUUUUCCAAUGUACCUUAAUUCUUUCCUAUCUUUAUCAACUAAAACAUUUCUUCCUUUCUUAUAUUACCUUGAGUUUACUUCAAGUUCAUACAUUCAUAUCUUUAAGAAUCACCAAAACUCUCACAAUUUAAACUACAUUUUCACAUCACUUCUUGAUCAACAUCUACAUAAAACCAUCACUUAAACAAGUCUUCCCUUUUUGCCUUUUUGGCCUUUCAUACACAUAAAUUUCUUCAUAGAGCAAAAUUGCAACUUUCAAUGUUACAUGAUCCAAUAUCAUACAAUCUUCAUUAUCAUCAAACUUUUAGCUCUACCAGAUGCUCAUUUGAGUCAUCAGAUUGAUUUCAAGUUAAGCGUUUCGGGACGGUUUGAAAUCGAUUUAUACGUCCAUAUUGUAUUUUAUUACAUAAUUGUAAACUAUUUUUGAAGUCGGGUCAAAUUAAGUUCAGUAACAAGGUCAGGUAAAUUUCGAGUCAUCAAAUCUAUUUUGAACACCUCUAGUUCUACCAUGGAUUCCUUAACCCAAUCUACAAGCUUUUCUUGUCAUUCCAAUGAUCAACAAGGCGAUAUCGAGUUUUUGGGGAAGCUAGAUAUCAUAAUCCAUCAUGCUAGGAACUUACACAACAUAUGCAUCUAUGACAACCAAGAUGUUUAUGCAAAAUUCUCCCUUACAUACAACCCUGAUGAACAUGUAUCAACUGGGGUAGUAAUAGGAGGAGGUAAAAACCCUGAAUUUGAACAAAAAGUAGAAUUGAAAGUAAAACAAAUUGAUGGGGUUCUUAAAUGUGAGAUUUGGAUGUUAAGUAGAGCUAGGAAUCUUCUAGAAGAUCAACUUUUAGGGUUUACUUUGGUUCCAAUUUCACACAUUGUUAGUCAAGGAGGUAAAAUUAAGUGUCAUGAUUUUAGUCUAUCUUCUACUGAUCUUUUUCAUUCCCCUGCUGGUACAAUUCAGUUAAGUCUUUCAUUAUCUACCAAUUUUUCUUGUGUUAUGAAUCAUAAUUUCUUAGAAAAAUCAUCGAUUUCGAGUGAGGUGGUUCUGCUCGAUCGUAACGAGUAUUCUAGGAUCCAAUUCCCUGAUAUAAAUGCCGAUGCACAAGAUAAAGUCAUGGUUUCUCAGUAUUUUAGCACCAGUUCUGAUUGUUUAGGAUCAUUUCUUCAUUUGGGUACUUUUGAUUUAGAUUCCUUUGAUAAGAAUGAGGAAUCCCCAAUAGAUGAUCAUGAAAAAACUGUGGAAAAGAUCAGUAAUAAUGAUCUUGGUUUUAGUCAUCAGCCCAGAAUUCCGAACAUAGUCAGGGUUUCGGGGGGAAGAGGUAGUGGACAAAUUAGUGAUAACGAAGAAUGCAAAGACAAAGCGUUAGGUUAUACAAAUUCAGGUUUCGAAUUCGAGCAAACAGCAAUGCAGAAGCAGAUUGUUGAUAUGUAUAUGAAGAGUAUGCAGCAAUUUACUGAAUCAUUAGCAAAUAUGAAGUUGCCUAUGGAGUUGGAUUUAAGCUCAGGUGAUCAAAACCCUAGGAAUUUGAUCAAGGGUAGUAGUGAUUUGGAACCUGAGAACAGUAAAAAGGAUGGAUCAAGAGUGUUCUAUGGUAGUCGGGCGUUUUUUUAAGAGAAAUUUGUUUAGAAUAAUCCAACCUUUUAAUAAUUUUCUUAUAAUCUGAACUUUUGAUUUAUAAUCUGAACUUUUGAUUAAUUAUGAAUGAUUCGAGUUUUAGAACGUUUUUGCUAUUUUGGGAUUAUUAGGUUGUUCAAGAUAACAAUGUCAAUCUAGUUAAAGAUUAUGGUACAUUUGAUUGUAUAAUCCAAAUCUAAUGUAAAAUGGGAUAAGUUUGGUUGGUUUAUAUUAUAGGGAUUUCACAUUUUGACUAAUGUUAUGAGGUUAUUAGUUUUGAUUUCUAUUACAUGUGGUAGUCAAUUGCUUUUUUAUGAGGAAAAUUGUUCUGAAUAAUUUAACCUAUUAAUAAUUUUUUUUACAGUAAUUUAAACGGCUAAUCAUAUUAAUUUAUGAAAACGAUGAUGUAUUAGAGUUCGAACAAUGUGUUUCAAACUCCAAUAUUGCCAAGAUCGAGUGUAUGAAGUUUAGU